ACCCAACUAGCUGUGGUAAGGUCCUGGCGUAAUUUCAUGCAUAAUUAUGAGUCAGUUUUAACGAGAGGUGCGGUACUCUCCAAAGGCCACGGUGGGUAGUGACGUGUGUUAAGUUAUGCGGUGACGUACUAAGGGUGAGGGCUAUAUUCGCCACAAAGCGCUUCCUCGGACUUAAAAUAACUCCAGACUGAAAUUAGUUGUGGACAAGAAGACACCGUGUGCCCACUUUUGUAGCGCCACAGGACUCGUUUUUACAGAAACAAGGCUUACGCGGUCUCCCCUCCGUGGGCCACCAGCACUGAUUUCGAGAUGAACAAGUUCAAGCGCCCCCUGGCGAAUAGCUUGGACCGACAGGAACAGGCUACACCAGACCUGAUGAAAUAUGUGAACGACAACGUCAUUGGCAGGGAUAAGAUCAUCAUCGGGCCUUACGGACCCAGAGAAGUGACAUACUGUGACUACGUGGCUUCAGGAAGAUCACUGAAGUUUAUCGAAGACUACAUUCGUGAGGAGGUUCUGCCGCUGUACGGGAACACACACACCUCCACCAGCGCUGUGUCACUUCAGACGUCUGCCUUCAGGGAACAGGCUCGGAAAAUUAUCCACAAUGCCGUGCACGCUGGACCGGAUGACGUGGUCAUCUUCUCCGGAAAUGGCUGUACAGGUGCGCUGACCACACUGAUCGACGCCAUGACGUUCACCAAACCACCGGUGAUUUUCGUGGGUCCUUUUGAACACCACUCCAACCUGCUGCCCUGGCGUGAGCUGAUGCCUAAGGUCGUCAGGAUCGAAGAAAGCUCCAAGGGUACGUUAGAUCUUAAGCAGCUGGACAACCAACUAAAGACGUGGCAGGGUCGCGGACACCCCAUGAUCGGCGCCUUCUCGGCCGGUUCCAACAUCACCGGCAUCAUGACGGACACGUCCCGGGUUUCCACCCUGCUGCAUCGGUACGGAGCACUGGCCAUCUUUGACUAUGCCGCCACGGCUCCCUAUGUUGACAUAGACAUGAACCCACCAGCAGACAGGUUAACAUCUAGCGGCGAGGAAGAAAACCUGGCGUACAAGGACGCGAUCGUCCUGUCCCCGCACAAGUUGGUGGGAGGUCCGGGCACACCGGGCGUACUCAUCGCCAAGAAGCAUCUCUUCACCAGUACCGUGCCUCAGCCGUGCGGAGGUGGAACAGUUUUCUUUGUUUCAAAACAUAACCAGGUGUAUCUGAAGGAUGUGGUGGAAAGGUGGGAGGGGGGCACACCGAACAUCGUGGGCUGCGUCAGGGCAGGCCUCGCCUUCCAACUCAAGCAGGCCAUCGGCGCGAGCAACAUCGUCCGGCGGGAGGACGAGCUGGUCAGGCGAGCCUUCAGCGCGUGGUCCCAGUGUCCGAACCUGAUUCUGGUCGGCAGCCACCGGGCCAAGCGGGUCCCCAUCUUCUCCUUCCUCAUCAGACAUGCGCAGUCCGGGCUGCUGCUGCACCACAACUACGUCUGUACCCUGCUCAACGACGUCUUCGGCAUCCAGGCCAGGGGAGGCUGCGCAUGCGCAGGACCUUACGGACAGGACCUUCUCGGCAUCAGUGACGAGAUGAUGAGAAAGUUUGAAUCUUUGCUGCUAGGAAGAAAACCAGAUGUAGAUUCCUCCGGCACCAAAGUAGCAGACCCGACAUCUCGCGAGAUUCUGAAACCCGGUUUUGCCAGGCUGAACCUGGUCUACUUCGCAGACGAACCCUGCAUACAGUUUGUUCUCCGAGCCAUUGCCAUGGUAGCAGAGCACGGAUGGAAACUUCUACCGCAGUACACGUUUAAAAGAGAGACGGCGGAAUGGAAGCACAGGUCGCACCACAAACAGAGGCCGAGCCGGAGGGGGAAACGACUUGGCCUGGACUCCGUCAGUUACACGUCCGGUCAGAUGACGUACACUUCCGUUUCGUCCAUCCCAGAGAAGAUGCCGCCUGCAAACUACCAGGAGUGUCUUAAGAUGGCGGAGGAAGUCUUUGAGUCGGCGGAGGUUAAAGACAAAGAACUGGAGGAGCUUGGCAUUGAACUUCACGACAACCCGUUUGAGUUUGACGAGGACGGAGCGAAGUUCCGAUGGUUCCUGCUGCCCAGCGAAGCGCGCCGCUACCUGCAGCAGCCGGAACUGCAGCAGGGCCCGCCCAAACCGCUGCCCUUCAAGGUGAAGACCUACGAGGACGGGACGACUCCGAAUUCACAGAAGGCGCGUCUUCACAGACGGAACACCGCACAGAGCAGCGACUCAGAAGCGAAACCUGAGAACGGCAGAAUUGCACGUCCAAGGGUGGUCCCGACAGGAGGGAGACAGCGGAGAGUCGUCUCCAAACGCGGCGACCCGCAGUCCACAGCCGUCAUUCGCGUCAGGCUUCCCAAGGUCAACAACGGCAGCCUCGUGUCCAUGCAACAGGAGGAAAAGGCUGAGGCGGUCUGAUACCAUGUAGUUUUGAACCAUGCUGCUAGGGGACGCUUUCACACGGACAGCAAUAAAAAAACUGCUAAAACAGCGUCAUUCAACAACAGCAGCCUGGUGUCCAUGCAGCAGGAGAAGGCUGAGGCGGUCUGAUACCAUGUAGUUCUGAACCAUGCUGCUAGGGGGCGCUUUCACACGGACAGCGUUAAAAUAAGCUGCUAAAACUGCUUUACAACAUAAAACUGCUCAAUGCUGCUGAUGUUAAUAAUUAUGUUUUUCUACGUUAUGGAGUGGAGGUUUAAUGCAAUUCUUCAUUCUGUUCUUUGUAAAACAAUCAAAAUGCAUUAUUUAUCUAAUACCAGCUAUCGUUAACUGUUACAGCAGAAUGGUGCAUUAAGAAGUAGUUAGCCAAGAGUUAAUAACAAGAAGAGGAAAAUAUAUAAUGCAUAAAGAGUCCAACUAGACAGAACUAGGUGGAUUGGAACAAUGUAUGAUAUGAAGUUACAGUUAACUAAUGACCGUAUCUGUCACGGAGAAUAUAAUUGAACCGGAAGUCAUCGUGUAACGAUACUAUGUAUAUAUGUGUACAAUAGGACAAUAUUGGAUCUUAAAUUAAGUGUAAAUAAUUAUUUCAUCAUUGUACAUCUAUAUCAACCCAACUCUAACAUGAUUGUGUGACGUUCGAUUUACAUAAAUAGAAAGUUAAGUAAAUCCACACUUCUUUAAGCAUUGGCCGUAAAGGCUGCAAGGGCUAUUUUUAGAUUUAAUCAUACCUGUUAAAAGGUAUGAUUAAACUUCGAUUUUUUAUCUAUAUUUUCUAUUACUUCACUCUGGU